AUGGAGGCACAGCUCCAGCCCGCUCGCGCUGGCCCCGCCAAUGCGCCCGCCGCCCCCCCAGCACCAGCGAACCACACGGCCAACCAGACAAUAAGGUCGCGGCGGCGCAACUCCCUACCGCUGUCCAUCAAGACGUCGGCCGACACGCGCACGCCACAUCACGACCGCCCGUCCAACUGCAUCCGCAACACGGCCACGUCGCCCCAGAUCAUCUCGUCGCUCAUCGACCAGCUGUCGGCCAUCUCCAUCCCCGCAAACAACCACUUCGAGAACCUGCUCGUCGGCUACGACACGGCGCCCACCCUCUCGGCCACGCCCAGCGUGCGCACCCACUCGACCCGCAACUCCAUCUCGGCAGCCCAUGAUGGCGCCUCGUCCGACCACGCCCACUACUACGACGCACUGAGGUCCCAGCACGACCUGCAUCCCGACGACGCCUGCGAGCCGCCCGUCAUCCGCACCUCCAAGCCCCCGUCCGGCCUGUCGCCCCUGACGGCCCCCAAGAAGGCCACCAAAGCCCACUCGAUCGGCAGCUACAUUGGCCGCAGCGCCAGCUCGUGCUCGCUGCACUCGAACCACUCGACCCAUUCGGCCAGCAGCUUCGGCAACAUCAGCAUCGAGGCGGCGCCCACGCACCGCAUCUCGACGAGCAGCAACCGCUCGUCGGUCGAGAGCAAGCGCAGCUUCAAGGGGCACAAGAGUCUCAUGUACAUGAGCUCGCGCGAGCGACUGCGUCAAAAAGAGACUGAGCGCAAGCGUGUAAGCGCCCACAACCUCGACGACUCCCCGUCUGCCGACUCUCCCAGAAAAAGCACAAACCACCUCUUCCCCUACGAAGACACCAUCAAGGAAGAACCCUCCUCGGCCAAGGAAGAGUCGCUGCGUGACGAGGGGGAUCCCGAAUCGAGUCGCUUUGUCCCCCGCUACUCGACGUCGCGGCGGAUUCGCCUGAAUCUGGUGGAUGGUGGCCCGUACUGCGAGAGUCCAUUGGAUCAAGGCCUCAUUCCCCAACGUCGCUCCUCCCUGAGACACACAUCGAGUCCCACGCGCAGGAGCAAGAAGCACCGCGCCGAAGAAAAGAGUCGCCACAGGUCUCGCAACUCGGACCCGUCUGCUGCAUACGCCCCCAAAAUGGCGUCGGACGAGAAAAGGCUGGAUCCCGAGGCGCAGAAACAGAAGAAGAUCCUCGACGAGCUCGAGGAAGAGGAGAAUGAAGUCGCCCAGAGGAUCCGGCAGCUCCGCGAGCGCAAAAUGCAGAGAGAUAGAUUGGCCGGAGACCUACCGGCACAGCGCGAUGCAGGGGCUACUCCACCCAGGGUGCCUUGCGUUUCGUCCAUUCCCAGCCCUGAAAGCUCCCCCACUACCACUGUGUCAAGUAUGUCGGAGGACGGAAGGAGGAUAAGCGACCCCACAAAAGCGCAUAAAAUAUUGGGUAUUUCCCAUGAGCUAGCAGGGAGGUUGGCCGACAGGUCGAGUGAACGGGAACCUGCGGACAGGCCUAACCUGCCAAUACCCCAUCGAGUACGACAAUCUGGGCAGCCCCGACCCCGAAGCCUGACACUAAACGACAGCCAUGAUUACAGUCAGCUGCCCAUCGAGUACACACUUGCCAUCGACAGCCUCGGUUCACAGUUGCCAGCCUUGGCUCUUGAUUUGCGGCUAUCCAAGCCGCCUGCUCCCAGUAUUAUUUCAAAGUCCACAAAGUCCACCAUGACCAGCAACGAAUCCUCCCCUAUGAGGCGUUCCAACUCCAUGGCCACCGGAGGGAGGUCUGCCGUCGGCAGGCGCGCAGCAACCAACGCCAUCCUCAUAAACAAACCCUCAGGCCACAAACACUCGUCCAGUGUCACGGACGAUUCGAGUUACAGGCUGGCACUGCCUUCGCGGGCGGGCAGCGAAGAACCCAUCACCCGCCACCGCUCCAUGCUUAUAUCGCCCCCCUCAGAUUCCCACAGUACACAGCUUCAGCGCAAGCGCACGGGCGCCAGGAAAAGGUGGUCCCACCCUGAUUUGCCGGCAAAGGCGGAAAAGGAGCACAACGACCGAGUGGAGCGAAGAGAGGAGCUUGCAAGAGCAGCCGCUGUGCAAAGCCCCCCUCAUCCCAUCAUCGAAGAGCGACCGGCGAGCCGCGACUCCAUCGACCUCGACGUGAACCAGUACUUGAACUCGGAUCGCUUAUCACAAAAGAUACGGCAUCCCCAAACGGGCAGGAUCAUAUCAUUUUCAGAAGUUGGCGAUCCCCAGGGCUUUGCCGUCUUCGUCUGUGUUGGCAUGGGUCUCACGCGGUUCGUCAUGGCCUUUUACGACCAGCUUGCCGCUACACUCAAGCUGCGCCUGAUCACACCUGACCGUCCUGGUAUUGGAGCAAGCCAAGUUGAUCCGAAUGGGACGCCGCUCAGCUGGCCUGAUGAUGUGCUCAUCAUCUGCCAGGCCUUGAAGAUCAACAAGUUCUCCCUGCUAGCUCACUCUGCAGGAGCCGUCUACGCUCUCGCAACAUCACUACGCAUGCCACAACACAUACGCGGCAGAGUGCAUUUGCUCGCCCCUUGGAUACCCCCUUCCCAAAUGGCACCCAUCGGCAUCAGUCAAGAUAGCCCACCCACACAGCAGCUCCCAAGGUCACAGCGCUUCCUUCGUGCCCUACCCCCGUCGCUUCUCAAGGUCGCAAACUCGACCUUCCUGAGUGCCACUAGCGCCAGUCUCCAGCGUACCGGGCCCAAGAGCUCGCCUAAAGGGAGACGGAAAAGCAUGGCCCCUUCGCCAGCGCCAACCCAGUCAUCCGCACGGCCUGCCAUGAAGGAUCCCCGGCACUCAAUGAUGGUAAUGGACCAAGUGUUGCCCAAUGCUAGCACAUUGACUUUGGGUCAUGCCACGGACCCAAACCCCGAGGAUGCACAACGUAUGCAGGAAAUGCUUACUCUAGCCGAACGUGAACGGCAGCGCGCCUUUGACGAGCGUCUCACUUUUGCCAUCUGGGACCGCGCAACGGCAAACGCGAACCCUGCCACUGAUCUCAUCGUCUGUCUCGAGACGAAGCAGAGCAUUGGCUUCCGAUACGAAGACAUCAAUCGCCCCGUGGUCAUCCACCAUGGAUCCAAAGACUCGCGCGUACCCGUCGACAAUGUACGAUGGCUUGGCAAGCUAAUGCGGAAAUGUGAAGUCCGCAUCUUGGAGGGUGAGCAGCACGGCCUCAUGGCCAGUGCGCAGGUCAUGGGCAAUGUGCUUACAGAGAUGGCGGGCGACUGGGAAGACUGGACCAACAUGACCAGAGGCACGAGUGAACAACGUGCCGUCUCGCGGAGACGGACAACAGAGAAGCUGAAGCCUCAGGUUAGCUUCACAAACUAA